GGGGAGGGAACCGAGCCAUGCAGCAGCGUCGGAGCAACGCAGUUGCGAAACGGAAAGACGGCGAAACCGCCAGAGGAACCAGCGAAGCAGCUUCUAACCUCGGCAUCGUUGGCAGGGGGGCUAUACGGGAAGUGUAAGUGCGGACGGAGAACGAGGAGGAGGCAUUCGUACUGGCACAGUGGUCCCGGUCAUGUCGCGUUCGUCAGUAGUGCACAGGUAGCCGAUACGCCUCGAACGACGCCGAGGAACCAGCUGCCGGGAAUCUGGUUCGACGCGAUCGAGUUUACCUUAUCGCCAAGAGCCCCUCGACACGAACCCCGAAGAUGACGAUGAAGGAGGUCGCGAAGAAGGACGAGGCCCCGCCGGAGAAGGGCGCCGAGGCCGUCGGCGUGCCCUGGAAGUCUAUGAGCCUCGGGCAGAAGUUCGGAUACAUGGCGAGGAACGUCACCGUCGAGCCGAUGGUGGCCUGCUACAUAAUGCCGAGCGUCUUGGCGGCCCUCGCCACGCAGAAUCUGAACCUGGAGAAGGCCUGCAGGGUGAACCUCGCCUAUCCCGACGACGUCUGCACGGCUCUCGCCGCCCGAAACACGAGCGCCUUCCACGAGGAGGAACUGGCCGUGCAGAAGCUCGUCGCCGGCAUGCAGUCCUGGAAAACGGCGCUCCAGAGCGGCCUGCCCGCCGUCCUGAUCCUCUUCAUCGGGGCAUGGAGCGACCGGACCGGACUCCGGAAACCCUGCAUGCUGGUACCGAUCGUCGGCGAGUUCCUCACCAGCAUAAGCCUGAUAAUAUGCACCUACUGGUUCUACGAGCUGCCCAUGGAGGCCGCCGGAGCUUCCGAGGCUUUGUGGCCGGCCUUGACCGGCGGGUGGUUCGCCAUGUUCAUGGGUAUAUUCAGCUACAUCGGCGACGUGACGACGGUCGAGUCCCGCACCCUCAGGAUCGGGGCUGUGAACGUGUUCGUCUCCCUCGGGAUCCCGAUAGGCAUGGCCUUGUCCGGGGUGCUUUACGUUAAGAUCGGUUUCUACGGGGUCUUCGCCAUUUCCACCGUCUGCUACGUCCUCAGCUUCGUCUACGGCGUCGUCUGCAUCAAGGAGGUCCCCAGGCCUCCGUCAACCUCGGCCAAUCUCCAGGAGAAGAAGCCCCAGCCGAAGCCUACGAUCUUCGCAUCCGUCGCGGACUUUUUCGCCCUCAGGCACAUAUCCGAGACGUUCAAAGUCGCGUUUAAGAAGGGUGCCAACAACAGGCAGCAGAGGGUCGCCGUCCUCAUGGUCAUCGUUAUGGUCGUCAUCGGACCCAUGCACGGUGAGAUGGCGGUGAUGUACUUGUUCACCAGGUACCGAUUCAACUGGAACGAAGUCCAGUUCAGCAUGUUUUCCACCUACAGCAUGCUGACAAAUCUAGCUGGAACGAUGGUUUCGAUCGGGGUGUUCAGCCACCUAUUGAAGAUCGACGAUGCACUGGUGGGCGUGAUGAGCUGCAUGAGUAAAAUCCUCGCCAGUUUCGUCUACGCGUUUGCGAGCACCGACUGGAUGAUAUACUUAGCUCCUCUGGUCGAGAUCGUGAACGGCACGUCGUUCAUCGCCAUGAGAUCCAUAGCCUCGAAGCUUGUGCCAACCGACGAGCUGGGCAAAGUCAACUCUUUAUUCGGCGUUUGCGAGGCGCUAAUGCCGUUGGUUUACGGCCCCAUGUACAGUUCCGUCUAUGCCGCUACCAUGAACACGCUUCCUGGGGCAUUUUUCCUCCUUGGCGGGGGACUCACCAUUCCGGCUGUUAUUCUAUUUCUAUGGCUUUACACCGAACACAGAGCGGAUCGGAAGCGGGUCGAAGAAGAGAAGAAACAGGAUUUGGAGAAACCGUCCGAAGGAUCCGAGGCACCUCGAGGCUUGGAUAAUGGGGCCUUUGAGACGGAACGAAUGUGACGUGUGAAAAUUAUUAACACUUAGUCGACGAAACGGAUUUUAGUCGCCAAUUUUCGCACUCGAGACGUUCAUACUACUUGUCAGAGGUUUGGAGUGGAGCCUGAGCGAUAGAUAAACCUUGAAACUUCUCCAGGUGUAAUUUAAAUUCGAUGGGUUUCAUCCCGCUGUAUUAACUUACCU